CCUUCGCUUCUGCACAACCACACACACGCGCACGCGCACGUGCACGGACACGGACACGCACAUGGACACGCACACACGUCCGCCAGCGCCAGCGCGGCCGGCACGGCCUGCUCCGGCGCCGGCAGCCCCGCCAGCGCGCACUGCAACGCCGGCAGCGCCGGCGCGCCCGAGUCGUCCGCCUCGGCCGGCGGCCUCGCGGCCGCUCUCUCCGCCUGGUACUCGCAGCAGGUGCUCGCGUCGCCCGGCCUCCUCGGCUGUCCGCUUGUGCCCGCCGGCCUGACACACCUGCCCGGCCUGCCGCCGCACAGCUCCGCCGGCGUCGCCCUUCCCACGCCCUCCGCCGCAGCCGCCGCCGCUGCAGCCGCCGCCAUCGGCCACCCGCUCGCCUCGCUGCACCACCACCUCGCCGGCUCGGCCGCCGCCGCUCCGCCCGGCGGCCUCCUGCACGCCUGCCCGUCCGCCUCGGGCCUGCUCAUGUCGCCCGGCCUCAGCGGACUCAACGGCCUCGGCGGCUUCACCGGCCUCGGCGGCUUCAACGGCCUCAACGGCCUCUGCGGCCUCGCCGAGCUCGGCUUCCCCGGCCAGCCCGGCCGUCUAUCCACCGCCCACAUCGACUCAUCCAUCUCGGCGCUCGCGGCUGCAGCCGCCGCCGCCGCCGCCGGCGCAACUACCACCACCACCACCAACACCACCACCACCGGCUACCUCCUGUCGCCCGGCGCCACCAGUCCGCCUCACUCUCUCGCCCACGGACUCCCCUCCUCCUCCUCCUCCUCGUCAGGCCUGCAUCCCGCUUUUCUCGCCUCCGGCCCACCCUCCUGUCCCUCGGGCCUGCCCUCCACCCCCCUCGUCACCAUGUCCGGCCACAGCGGCUCUCUUGGUCUUGCCCUGUCAGGCACGACGCCGACGCGAGUGUCAACCGCACCGAUGCACUGCUCCAACGCGACCACCUCGUGCCCAACCACAGCCAUCUCCGUCUCCUCCGCCUCCCCUCCAUCGUCCGUCUCCUCUACCCCCACCCCCACCACCACCAACACCAACAGCUGCGACUUUCGCGCUCCCACCGCGUCCAGUCACCACCUCAUGCACACCGUCCUCUCGUCGGCCGGCCUGCCCACCGUCGUCUCCUCCAGCAGCGGCCACCUUUCGUCGGCUUGCCUGCUCGGUCCGACCGGCUCUUUCGCCGUCGCCAACCUGCCCUCCAGCAGCGCCUGCUGCCUCCCAGACUCACCGGCCGUCCCGCCCGGCCUCCAACUGCUCAACAGCCUCGCUGCAGAGGCUGCCACCUCGUCCUCUCUCAUGUCCGGCUUCAACACCAACGCCUGCACCCACCUCAACGCAGCCACCUCCACCUCCUCCGCCUCCGCCGCCUCCACGCCUCCGCUGAUGAUGAUGCUGCCAACCAGCGCGCCGAGCCUCGGAGGCCUCGGAUCUGGGGCCAUCUUCGCCAGAGCCACCGACUCCAUCGCCUCCUCGGCCCGAUUCCAACCCACCGGCCAGCCUCCCGCCUCUUCUUCCGCCGCUUCCUCGUCUGCUCUCUUCUCAGCCUCCGCAGCAAUCUGCUCGUCUCCCUCCCUCACAUCGGCCAACACCAACAUCACCACCACCCCCAGCACCACCUCAUCCUCCCUCGCCGCCAUGAUGGCCGCGGCUGCUGCCGCCAUGGCCGGCAUAUGCUCCAGCGGCAGCUCGGCCAUGGCUGACUUGGCCGCCGCCCCUUCCGGCCUCACAGGCGACCUUAGGGCUGGUCACACUUCGAGACGUCUCUCUCCAAUCGGCUGGACGGGCCGAGCAAUCUCGUCCAGUCAAUCGACAACAGUUGCCAUGACCACCAAAUCGCCCGGCGUCGAGACGAGACCGGCCAAAGAGGAGGCCGACGUGAAGGAGAUUGGCCAUGCCAAGGCGAAACAUCGUGCAACCUUUGGUCGAGGCGACUGUCCGCCGAGGGGACUGGAGAACCGAGUGAACGGACGUACAGAAAGACGGACAGACGCGUCUUAUGACUUGGCCAAGUCGAUGCUGUUACGACGAGGCCGAGAACUCGGCGACGCUGAGGCUGCUCUGCUAAUGGAAGAGGAAGACGACUGUCUUGACGGUGAAAUGCUGGGAAUGGAGGACGGGGAAGAAGAGGAAAUCGAAUCGGAAGAAAUCGAAGAGGAGAUUGAAGAGUUGGCAGGAGCUGAGGAGGAUGAACGCGGAGUAAGUGAAGUUGAGGAGGAAGACGAAAACGAGGAUGAAUUAGAAGAUGCUGAAGAUGAGUGUUCUGGUGCCGGGGACGGUGGCGAAGAGGCAGGACGAGACUUCAUUCUGGAUGGAGCGGCCAAAAAGAAACCAGAUUCAGCCGAAAUAGGAGAAAUGAGAGAUCAGUGUAACAGCUACUUCAUUGAAUCUGGCCUGUCAAACCAUACUGGCAAACUGAAAAGACCGGCCAUAACAAAUGUUAUUCUCAAAAAUAUGGCGCAUCUUCCUCCAGUAAUCAGCUUAACAUCAAUUCGAAUUCGUAAAGCAUUUCCACCGCAAUUGCACCUGUUCCGACACGGACAAUACGGCUUUGCCCUCACCUCCCAGUUGCGAUACACAAUAUUCUACAAAUUCAUUAAUGGCUCAAGGAUGGCUGAAAGCCCUCCAAGAACGACUACGUUCUUCGCGGAAGCUAUUGUUAAAGGCACUUAA